CGUUCCGCCCACUGACCCCUGACUUUUAAUUGAAACGACCACGUCCGACUUCCUCUCUGCGCAAGCAAAUGGACUCACCUACAUCCGGGAAUCUGCGAGAAGAGGAUGAUCGUAAUGCAGAGGGUGUGGCUUGGCGGAAACGGGUACUGCGCAGCCAGGUACUGAUUGGCAAAAUCAGAACUGCAGGAGAAUGGACAGUGAGGUACAGAGAGAUGGAAGGAUCUUGGAUUUGAUUGAUGAUGCUUGGCGAGAAGACAAGCUGCCCUAUGAGGAUGUUGCGAUACCACUGAAUGAGCUUCCUGAACCUGAACAGGACAAUGGUGGCACCACAGAAUCUGUUAAAGAACAAGAAAUGAAGUGGACAGACUUAGCCUUACAGUAUCUCCAUGAGAACGUUCCUCCCAUUGGAAACUGACAUCUGGCUCUUUUUCCGUGAACAGAUUUUUUUUUUUUUUUAAUAUAUCAAUACGUAUUUUUGUUUGUUUAUUUUGUUUUUUCAGUUUCCUAACUCAUACCUUUUAGUGAUAAAUCAACACUCAAAAAUGUACACACACUAAGCUUGUGGCAGCAAAGUACUAAAAUAUUCACUGAAUGGGAAACUAAUGGAGAUUUCCCAGGAAUGCAGACUACUUGCCUCUAUGAACCAAAAACUCUGAUUCACUAGCUUGUAUUUGAACAUAAUUGGUUGAACAUUUGCCUUUAAGUCUGAUUUUGUCUUACAGAGUUUGACACUUUCCAGCUACUCUCUGUCAUGUGAUACAUGUGAUUGAAGAUAGGAGAGGAAAAAGCAAAGACAGAGAAAUUCAGACAUACAUAUUAUUAACGUCUCAUAUAUCCCCACUUGAAGAAUUCUGAAUGGAUGUGUAAUAAGCCUGUGAAUGUUGUGGAGAUAUAGUUAUCCCAUUCACUGAUUACUGGGAUCUCUAAGACUUCCUAUGGUAUUUUGAAGCUUUGGGUGAGUUUACAGAUUAAAAAAUUAAUCUGACAGUCCCCCCAUUCUCCCUAUAACUUCCUUUCAUCCUAGUGGAAAGGAUCUUGAGUUAGAUGGACCACUAGUUUUGUCUAGUAAGAGCAUUUCUUAUUUCUCAGAGUCCUUUCAAAGAUAACCAGAGCACCAUAUAUUUGUAUAAGAAUUUGUACUUUGCAAAACAUUCAUGUACAUUAUCUCCUGGGAUCAUUUGUCAAUGUUAAAUGAUGUCUUUCUUGUUCCCUACCCAGACUGUAAAUUCUUUGUGGGAAAAGGUCCUGGUUUAUACUUCUGUAUCCCUCACUGGAAAACUGAGAACACUGAAUAAUUGAAAUCUCUCUUUCUCCUCAUCCCCACCCUUUAUUUUUUAACUGGGUCCUGUGUUUUGGUUUGCUAAAGCUGAUGCAAUAUACCAGAAAUGGGUUGGCUUUCA